GCCCAGUAGAUCCUCAAUAGCUGACCUUGGCACCCAGCAACCCUACCCGGCAGGUCCCAGGCUGCAGAGCAGGAGCUCAAAUGGAGUCCAAGUGGGACGUGCUGAGCGCUCUGGGGGCCAUCACGGCUGCAGGGUUGCUGCUGACGGGGACCUGGGGAGUGGCCCGCGCUGUAUACGUGUACCUGCUGCCCCAGGUCCGGAGGGGCAAUGCUUGGCUCCGGGCACAGGGAGCCUGGGCAGUGGUGACUGGAGCCACCAGCGGCAUUGGCAAGGCCUACGCACACGAGCUGGCCAGGAGAGGCCUGGACAUCGUCCUCAUCAGUAGAAGCCUCAGCAAGUUGGAGCAGGAGGCCAGGGAGAUUGAGCGCCUGCAUGGCAGGUCCACGCGCAUCAUCCAGGCCGACUUCACUGGGGGCUUGGAGAUCUACGGUGCCAUCGAGGCAGGCCUGCGGGGCCUGGAGAUCGGAGUCCUGGUGAACAAUGUGGGCAUGGCAUAUGGAGGCCGUGGAGGAGUCUUUAGGAAGCUGCUGGACCUUGAGGACCUGGGCCAGAGUGUAUCAGAUAUCAUCAACUGCAACGCGAUGUCGGUGGCACAGAUGGUUUGCAUCGUCCUGCCCCAGAUGGUCAGCAGGCUGGCUGCAGAAGAGGCAUCCCACUUCGGGCCUUAUACUCAGCCACUAAGGCCUUUGUGUGAUUCUUCUCGGAGGCGGUGUGUGAAGAGUACCUUCCUCAGGACCGUGAGCCCCAUGUUGGUCUCCACAAAUAUGACCCACAACCUGCCAACCGGGCUGCUUGUGAAGGACGCCGACGAGUUCGCCCGAGAGGCGCUGGACACGCUGGGCCUCUCCUCCCACGUAUCUGGCUGCUUGGGGCACGCAGUACAGAGCUUCCUGCUGCCUUUUGGUCUGCUUAGGUGGUUUCUGCACAGUCGACAAGGAGUCAGUCUUCUGUCUGCAGGAAGCAAGUCCAACCUCCCUUCCCUUAAACCUCAGUCUACUUAGUGAAGAUGUUUCCAAAGGGUUGACUCUUACGUGGCUGUCAUAAUAAAAUACUUGUAGGAUGGAGCCCCUCAAUCUAUGUAAA